AUGGAAAAUUCAAGAGAACAUAGGAUUUAUAUAUAUUGUGGUAAUUUGGUUGGAAGAGGUAGACAAUUUACUGGUGGCAUGGGUAGUACAGUUGGUGGUGGUGGUGGCCACCAUGGACAUGCUAUGUCAAUUUUCACAACCACCGAUGGUGCUAGAUGUGGUGAUGGUGGUGGUUUUGGUGGACAUGAAGGUGGUGGAGGUGGUGGUGGUGGUUGUGGUGGUGGCGGAGGUGGCGGAGAUGGUGGGGUUGGUUGUGGUGGUGGGGGAGGAGGUGGUGGCGCCCCCUAA